AUGGCGUCUCUUAAUCCCUUAGCACCCAGCUUUUCCCCCUCCAAGUUAACUACUAGUGUACACAGUCAACAUCACUCCCCCGGGGCUGGCAUCCCAGGUCCCAGUGCUCAUGGCUCUUGUACCCAGAAUAACCUUUCUGCCCCUGCUCACCGCAUUACCCCACUGACACAGUCCUUCAUAAGACUGAGCUUUUUGAAUGUUUGUAGUCUUCGAAACAAAGUAGCUGAGGUCGCCGAUAUCCUACAGCAACACAACUUCGACAUAUUUGGCGUCGCAGAAACCUGGCUUGACAGCACAACGUCAGACAGUGAUAUUGAUAUACCAGGUUACUGUGUGAUACGGCACGAUCGUCCAGUGCGCAGAGGUGGCGGUGUAUGCUUUUAUUUCCGUUCCGGACUCCAGGUAAAACCGCGCCCAGAGCUUUCCGACGAUAACAUUGAAUCGUCCUGGAUCGAAGUCAAAGGGCGACGAAGGCGACAACUAGUUGGGUGCUUUUACCGGCCACCUGACGAGCCCAUCUUGUACUGGCAGAAUUUUGAAGAGCAGCUGCACAGGGCUUUCGUGGACAACCCAAGCAUCACAGUCAUUGGCAAUUUUAACGUUAAUGUUUCAACCCCCUACCCACCUUGUCCUAUCGCCCGGAAAUUUCUCGAACUUUGCAACUGCUACGGCCUCACUAAUCACGUUCAUGCUCCGACUCGUAUCUCACCGGCGUGCCCAUCUGGUACAACUAUCCAUCUCAUUCUUUCAGCUAGUCAAGACAUCAGUGAGUGCCACGUCCUGCCUUUGACCAUUAGCGACCACUUUGAGAUUGAGGCUAACCUGCACCUUCAGGUUUCUCGCAGCGUGUCACCUCAGGAAGUAGAGCGGGUCCGAGCUCAGAGAAAUACUCGGUCGGUGAAGCUCUGCGAAUUCCGUCGGGAUGUCAGCUCCGCAGGGCUGGAUGAUUUUACUAACACGCGGGAUGUGGACACCAUGUGGGCGUCGUGGCACACCAAGUUCUUGGCUGUCGUGGACAAGCAUGCACCCAUCCGCUAUGUAUCCUCCAACCGCAAAUCCCAUCCGCCCUGGUCCGACAGAGAGCUCCACAAGCUCAACCAACGUAAAAGCCAGCUACACCGACGGUGGCUACGCGAUAAGGGAAACCAGAAUCUUCACGUGCAGUUCAAGCAAGCACGCUCAAGCGCCAGAAAUGCCUAUCGCCGAAAGCGCAACGAUUUCUUCCGAGCGCAAUGUGCCGCGUCCAGUCAGAACCCGCGUAAGCUCUGGAACGUCAUAAACUCCGUUACGAACAGGAAGAGAAACAACAGGACAUGCCUGGAAUCUGCAGUAGCAAAUUAUAUCUUCGGCCAAGCUAUACCUAGCUUAAGGGCUAUUAUCCGCCAUCUUGAGAGCAAGUACCCAGAGGAGCAGGAGAAGGCUCACAUGGUAGACGAGCUGUCCUGA